GACAUACCAAUGAAAUAUUCCGAUAAUCCUACCAAAUUGGGUGAUUGCAUUAUCUUUGUCCAAUUAUGUUUGGAAAUGAUACACCAAUCACAAGAAUCGGCAAAAACAAAAGAUUCCAAUUAUGGUUCGGACGUUGUCCAGUAUCCGACGAUAUCGAAUUUUUCAUAUGAUCCGCAAAUAAUAUCAGAAUCCACGUCACCUGAUUCCUCAAAUCCGCAAUUAUUUUACACUACUUCACUGAUGGG